AUGUCUUCCUCAUCCAUCGAGUUUAUUCCUGGCAGAAAGAAAGGCAGCCGCAACGUCCUCUACGAUGGUCACCUCUACCACCUUAACAGAAAGAGGGAAGACAAGACCUACUGGAAGUGCAACAAGUGCAAGUCCCGCCUGAUCCUUGUCCAGGACACCUUCUGUUCUGCUGCCCCUCAUGAUCACGAAUCUCAACCAGCAGAAAUUGCAGCCCACCGCUCCAAGUCUAAAAUGAAGACCCUCGCAGCUACUACUGAGAACUCAACUAAGCAGAUUGUUGCAGACUCUGUCGCUGGACUAUCCUUCGAAGCCUCGUCCCGGCUCAACUGUGAUCCCAAGUCAUUGGCACGACUAGUCAGACGAGCCAGACAGAAAGCCUACUCCCAUCCUGUCAACCCCAUCUCCUUAGAAGACCUGGUGAUUCCUCCUAACUACCUGACCUCUCCCGGUGGUGACACUAUGUUGCUCUGGGACUCCUCCUACGACACCGACACCAGAAGAUCUAUCCUCCUUGGUACUGCAGACAACAUCAACAUCAUCUAUCAGUCAGAUCACCUCGUCGUGGAUGGAACCUUUAAGACCUCUCCAGACCUGUUUACUCAACUCUUCACAGUCCAUGCCUUACACCCUACUGGAUGGAGAAUCCCUGCAGUCUUUGGACUCCUACCCGGGAAGCGCACCAUCAUGUACGAGAACAUCCUCAACGAACUGGACUCCUACGGACCCUUCUACCCUCAGUCGGUGCUGGUGGACUAUGAAAUCGCUAUCAGAAACGCAGUCUCCAACGUCUGGCCUGGUACUACCUUGAGACAGUCCUUGUGGAGACACCUGCAGAGCGAGGGACUUGCUGCUGACUACUCUAGCGACAACUCUCCUAUCAGAAAGUCCUUCAUGCAGAUUGGAGCUCUCCCCUUCGUUCCAGUCAGUGAUGUGGACCAGGCGUGGCGGCUUCUCAAACCUUCUCUUCCUGCUGAGAUGACUGCCUUCGCAAGAUACUUUGAGUCGACAUGGAUCGGAACCACCUCCACCCCUCCUCUCUUCAGGCACGACUCCUGGAAUCACCACGAAGCGGCCCAGAUGUUACUACCUCGCUCCAGCAACAUCGCAGAGGGUUGGAACAGCGGCUUCGCCUCCUUGGUCAACUGUCACAACCCUUCUAUCUGGAAGUUCUUAGAGUGCAUCAAGAGGGAGCAGGCUUUGACAGACGUGAAGAUCACCAACAUCCUCACCAGAAAACCCUUCAAGAGAGCAGCAAAGUGGGAGAAGUUUGACCUGGAAAUGCAACGUAUGGUUGAUGAUUAUGAUAACUUUGGGGAUGUUACCGAGUUUCUGAAAGCUGUUGGAUCUAAGAUUUUGGGUUAA